AUGGCCGUCUCUCCUCCCCCAGCACCUGCUCCCACGUGUGCCGCACAGAAGAAGAUGGGAAGGGGCCACCUUCGGAGACUAGGCUCUGAGCUCCGUGGGGACCGGCCGCCACGGGUACCCGGCUCCAGAGGCUGCGGGAGCCAAGGGCUGUGGCCGCCGGGGUGCAGGUGUCAGCACCGGCACCAGAUGGGGGGGCCGUCAGGACUGCCAGGCUGCGGUCCCCUCACCCACCACCCACCGCCCACGUGGGGCCCCAGCUGCUGGAGGAUGGAGGAGGGGCUGUGGGUGCCUGGCGGCUGGAGGGAGACCCCGAAGGAGGCUCGCCUGUGUGCCAGGAGCCCAGGGGAGCCUGGCCCCCGGGGCCCCUCAGAGCCCUCAAGUCCUCCAAGCUGGACACACCUGGACAGUGCCUCCUUCUUUAGCCCUAACCUGGAGACUGUCCUGAGGGAACCUCUGGGAACUCCGAGCCCCCAGGUUCAUCCAGGCAGGACCGGGGGAGGUGGGGCAGAGCCAGGGAUGCAGCUGCCUUGCCCACCAGCCGGGAGCUCCGGGCAGCCAACUCCAGGGACCCAGCGUCCUCUCGCCUCCAAGGAGGCCUUCCAACCACAGAGCCCAGGGGACGCGGCCCCAGGGAGGCCAGCCUGA